AUGGAAGUCUUCGGUCAGUCCCAGUUCUACGCCUUCGCCAAGCCCGUCGUAUCCUCCGACAACACCUUCAUCCGCUACGACGGCUACGCUGCAUUCGUUAGCGGCACCACGGAGCACACGUGGACGGCCGACUUGGACAUCGCCGUCGAGUACCUGGAUAAACCUGUCGAGGUAUCGGCGCCAACACUCGCUGCCGAUGCUGCGGUGGUAUGCGAAACUGUGGUCACUCCUCAAUCCGUCACGUCGACGACCCUGGCAUUGCUCACCGGGGGUGGCAUUUCUAGUGACACCCGUAGGAAGCUGAAGGCCGAAGCGGGCGUGACGAUCUCCUCGUCUUCGUGCUCGUGCAGCUCCACGCCGCGCCCGUGCAUCUUCUUCCGUGGCAUGGGCUCGACGACCGAGUACUCGACGCUGCAGACCACUUCCGACUACUGGGGCGACAUUGAGAAACACGCGCCGUGCUGCUGGUCGUUCAGCUACGCGAUCCUGAACACUGUCGACUACGCGUGGACAGACGCCACCCAGCAGAAGAAAGUGUGCGAUUUCGCUCUCUCCGUCAGCUCGUCCAGCAGUAAAUCGACCAAAGUUGUGGCAGACACAAUCGUUGUCACGCACUCUAUGAGCGGGCUGAUGGUCGCUGGUGCUUUGGCCAAUGCAGCGUGCAUAUUCGCAUUCAGCACCACGUGGGUGAGCAUGAGUCCGCCGAUGGGCGGCAGUAUGAGCUCCGACUAA